AUGGCAUCUUACGAAGCCCUGUAUGGUCGUAAGUAUCGUACUCUGCUAUGCUGGACUGAGUUGGGUGAGCGUCGAAUUUUGGGUCCUGAGUUAGUUUCUGAGACUAAGGAUAAUGUUAGACUACUUCGGGAUCAUCUUAAGGUAACUUCUGAUAGACAGAAGUCUUAUGUGAAUCUAAAAAGGAAGGAUGUCAAAUAUUUUGUGGAAGGUUUCGUAUUUCUUAAGGUAUCUCCGUGGAAGAAAGUUCUGCGAUUCGAUCGUAAGGGCAGGUUAAGCCUUAGGUUGAUUGGGUCGUAUCAGAUUCUGAAGCGUAUGAGACCGGUUGCUUAUCAGUUAAAGCUACUUACAAAGUUAGAUCGUAUCUAUGAUCUGUUUCACAUCUCGAUGUUGAGGCGGUAUCAGUCUAAUCCAUAUCACAUUGUCUCUGUUGAGGAGAUUAAUUUUAGACCGGACUUGAUGUAUGAGAAGGAGCCGGUUUAA